CUCCUCUCAUCUUCCUCCUCCCCCUCCUCUUCCUCCCCAUGGGCUCCCCCCUCGCUGCCUCCCGGAUUUUGCCCCCCCUGGUUCUGGCCCUGGCAGGGGUCGCCCACGGUGGCUCCUUCACCGUCCACUCGUGGCCCCCGGUGGCCGUGGUGGCUUUUGGUGGCUCUGUCACCAUCAACUGCAGCCACACCUCGUGCCCCGGUGACAAAGCCACGCUGGCCCUGGACACCCCCUUGGUGGCCACCCCCGGGCCCGGGGGGCAACUGUGGCAAAGUUUUUGGCUACCAAACGUGUCCCUGUGGCGACCUGACCCUGUCACCUGCUCCGGACGCUGCGGUGACACCGAGGCCACCGCCAGCACCGCGGUGAUUGUGUACAAGCUCCCCCAGCUGGUGGCCCUGGACCCUGUCCCGGCGCUGCCCGUUGGCCACAUCCACCCCCUCACUUGCCACGUGCUGGACGUGGCCCCUUUGGGCAAUCUGACGGUGACGCUGCGCCGCGGCACCGAGACCCUGAGGACGGCGACAUUUGGGGACAGCGAGGGCAGCGCCAGCGUGGCCGUGAGCCACGAGCUGCCGGUGGCCCGCGGUGACCACGGCCAGGCUGUCACUUGUCACGCCGAGCUGUCCCUGAGGCCGCACGGGCCGUUGUUCGCCCGCGGGGCCGCGCCCGUGGUGCUGUCGGUGUUUGACCUCCCCGAACCUCCCCACCUCGAAGCCCCGCCCAUCCUCGAGGUCGCCACCUUGGCUAACGCCACUUGUCACCUCAUCGGCGCCUUCCCCGUCACCGACAUCAACAUCACCGUGACGCUGGGAGGGGACCCUCUCGAUGUCACCACGGUGACCCAUGGGGACAAGGUGACAACCAGAGCCGAGCUGGCCCCGCUGCGACCCGGCCACCACGAGCUGAGCUGCACGGCCCAGGUGGCCACGGUGGCCAAAACGGCCAGGAGGAAAAUCCACGUGUACAGGGUUCCGGAGGUGGCGCUGGAGCUGAGCCCUGCGCGGGUGGCGGCGGGUGAGGAGGUGACGGUGACGUGUCGGGCUGGGGACACGCCAGAGAUGCUUGGGGACACCCUAGAGACACCUGGGGACACCUCAGAGACACCUGGGGACACCUCCACUUGA